CGAGGGGUUCUGUGAAGUCGCUUCCGGGUGCGGUGGCGGCGCCCGCGCCCAAGAUGGCGGCGCCCAUCAAGAUCAGGGGGAGCGAGCGGGGGUAGGACCGCGCCGCCGGGGCCGCCAUGGCCGGCCGGGUGCCGCCGCCGGGCGCCGCCCGCUGAGCCGCCGCGCCGGGGCCGGGGCCGGGGCCGGGGCCGGGGCCAUGGGCAACGCGCUGGGCCCCGCCGCUCGCCGGGCGCCGCGCCGGGGGGAGCCGCUCGGGAACCCCGGCAGCUUCGACGAGCUGCACCGGCAGUGCAAAGAGGUUUUCCCCCAGCAGAUGGAGGGGGUGAAGCUGAUCGUCAACAAAGCGCUGAGCAGCCACUUCCAGGUCACCCACACCGUCCACAUGAGCACCCUCGGCCCUUCCAACUACCACUUCAAUGCCACCUACGUGGGCGACCGGCAGCUCAGCCCCACCGAGGCCUUCCCCACGCUGGUCGGGGACAUGGAUAACUGCGGCAGCCUCAACGCCCAGGUGCUGCACCUCGUGGCGGAGCGGAUCCGAACCAAAGCUGUCUUCCAGACCCAUCAGUCCAAGUUCGUGACGUGGCAGUUCGACGGCGAGUACCGGGGGGACGACUGCACGGCCACCCUCACGCUGGGCAACCCCGACCUCCUCAGCGAGUCCGUGAUCAUGGUGGCCCACUUCCUGCAGAGCGUGACCUCCCGCCUGGUGCUGGGCGGAGAGAUGGUUUAUCACCGGCGGCCCGGCGAGGAGGGAGCCAUCGUCACGCUGGCGGGGAAAUACACGGCCCUCAAGUGGGUGGCGACGCUGAACAUCGGCUACGGCGGUGCCCACGCCAGCUACUACCACAAAGCCAACGAGCAGGUCCAGGUCGGGGUGGAGCUGGAGGCCAACACGCGGCUGCAGGACACCACCUUCGCCUUCGGCUACCAGCUCAACCUGCCGCAGGCCAACAUGGUCUUCAGGGGGCUCCUGGACAGUAACUGGUGCGUAGGGGGGGUGCUGGAGAAGAAAUUGCCCCCCCUGCCCGUCACCCUGGCUCUGGGCGCCUUCCUCAACCACUGGAAGAACCGUUUCCACUGUGGCUUCAGUGUCAUCGUGGGCUGAGGCGGCUGGGGACGCCUGCGCAGAGCGAGCGCCCGCGCGCGGGCUGGCAGCUCCUGCCACCCUCCUGCUCAGGGAGCCUCGGCGCCGCGGGGGGGGCCGGGCCGGGGCCCCGCUCUCGCCCCGUGGUCCCGCCGCCCGCGGGGGCGACUGACCCCAGCCCCAGGACUGACUGUGCUGCCGGGGCGGGGGGUGCCGGUCCCUCGCCACUGGGGGACACUGUGUGACAGCGUGUGACAGCUUGUGAGCUAUUAAAGCCUUGGGGCUGA